CUUAGUGUCGUUGUCUGCUACGCUGUUUACUUUUUUUCGAACGUGCUGGCUGGUUAGUGGAUAAAUCAUCGUGGACUUUGCGUGAAAAUAUUAUUUAUCCAGAUUAGUGCACAUAAGAUUAUUUGAAAAUGCAAAAUAUUCCAUUGUGGAAUCAGUCACGCUUGCCCUGUCCUUCUACUUCUGCUCACAAAGUAGACUUAUCAUUAUCGACUCAAUUUCAAGGAAUCAUGUUUAGCUUUCUAAAGAAUUCUUCUGAGGAAUCACAAAAAUUAAAAGAAUCUUUUGUGUUGAUGACUUCAGAGAUUGUUCUCUUAAAGCAAUUUUUAUACAAAAUUGCUGCAGUUUUUCAUCAUGACAAAAGCUACAAGGCGCUGAAGCAAAUUUAUAAAACUGUGGAUAAGUUCUUAGAAGCUGGUGUGGUAUCAGAUCUUACAGGUUUUUUAGAACAGCAUACUGUUUGCUUUGCUAACGUAAUGUUUGUUGCACCCAAACCAAAGUAUGAAUAUAUUCAAGUGCGACUGCAAGGAACUGUCAGAUUGCUGGCACACAUUCUUUGUCUGUGCCAGUAUUAUGGUUCAAUAAUGGUCCAAAAGAUGAGUAUAGGGCACUUCGUGAAUAUAGUUACCAUUUCCAUGUCAUUUGCUGCCAGAAUUUGGGCAUUAUCACUUCACAUGAUGUUCUUGCUAAUGAAAAUGUAUCAUGGUAUCAGCCAAAUUUUCAAAACUAAGGGAUUAAUACCUGAUAGUACUGUAGCCUUCCUUCCAGAGGACCACAUACUACCACUUAGUCUGGAACACUGGCUAAAAUCAGAUGAAACUCUCAAGGACAUUCAUCCACUGUUGAAGAGAAAACAAGAGAGUAAACAAACUGCCACCAAAUCAGAAAUUUGGCAAUCAAUUAUGAUUGACGACUACGAACGGGAACAGCUUGUGCAAUUAAAGGAACUUGUGACUACCUCCACCGUAACGCAAAUUGGAAAAAACAGUAGUGCACAUUCAUUAAGUGUUGAAGUAUUGUCACUGGAAAAAAUGCAAUCUAGUAUUGCUACUGAUAUUGGAGAGCUGGUGACGCGUAACACGUUCGUAUCAGUAAAAAAAGGCAAGAAGAAACGAGCUAAGAAAUUAAAUGGAAACAAAUUAGAAAACUGAUGAAAUUCUUUCAUUAUCCCACACAUUUAAUACACUGCAAUCGUUAUAACUGGAAUAACUUCAAUGAA